ACUAAUUUUUAAAUACAAGCAUAAACUAGAACUAAAACGAACGGAACCUUUCAAUGUAUUGCUGUAGUUUCUAGACGGAACAGAAUAUGCCACGGACAAGCAUGGGUAUGCGAAUUGCUGCUAGGCAGAUAUUUUACUGGACUUGUAGGGAUUCGUCCUUCGUGUUUAGUCUUCCCCACGCCAGGAUACAUCAUCUCCCGUGUCUGCGCUUUGGAACCAGAGGGCUGUGCUCUUCCUCAGAUCAUUUUCAGUCAAAUCAGCGACCCCAUGAACCACCUCCAUGGACAGCAAAGCCGGUUUCCGAGCUGUCCCCGCGCUCUCUGGUUGACAUGGGCUGCACAGACUCACAGGCUGAGGAAAUAUACCAAUGUGUGUGCAGCAUCAGAGGAGAAGGAGCUGCCAGACAUGCUUUAUCAACACUUACAGCCCUUUUUGUCCUGGGUCUUAAUUCCUCCAGUGUGGUGAAAGUGCUUAACAAAUGUCCUGAACUAUGUAGUGUCAAAGAGGUACAGCUUCAGCAGAGAAUAAGCAACCUGCGGAAGCUGGGAUUACUGGAAGGGAGUCUUCAGAGAGUUGUGGUCCACUACCCUAAAAUACUGACUGUGCCUGUGAAGUCAGUCAAAAAUGUGGUGCUCUUUCUCAAAGAGAAGUGCCUUUUUACAACGCAGCAGGUCACAGACAUCCUCAGAGACAGUCCAGCCGUGGUACUGGAGGACAAGAAUCAACUGGAGUACAAGUUUCAGUAUGUUUACUUCAGAAUGGGAGUCAAACAGACAGAUAUGGUGAAGUGCAAGAUGUUUCGUUUCACUCUCGAUGAGCUGCGCUGUCGACACCUUUUUCUUGAGCGGCGAGGCCUGUACCAGACCCCAGAUAAGAAGGGACAGACGACCAUCAUCAACCCCAAACUGGCCAGCAUCCUCGAUGUGGACCAGGACACCUUCGUCACAAGUGUUGCCCGGGCAUCUGCAGAAGAAUAUGAUGUGUUUCAGAAACUUGUGGCAAGAGAGUGGAAGGAGGAGGGGUUACAGGGCAAAAUAGAAGCUGAUAGUGAUGCUGAAGAAGAUGAGGGGGAGGAGGAGGAGAUUGGUGGAAGAAAUGGAUAUAGAAAGACAAAAAAGAAAUAACAGUUUAAGACAAAAAAUGAAAUGGAGAAGGAAUACAAUUUUAUGAAAAGCAAAAAGGAAGUUUUCUAAAAAAAAAAAAAAAAACAAGGAUACAAUUGUGCUGUUUUAUAAGCAGAUAAUAAAAAUUUUAUCUUAACCAAACAUGCA